CAACAGUCACAAAAACGACUAUUGAAUCAAAAUUAGAAAUAAUAAAGACAUUUCCUGACGUCACUGUUUGCAAUUUGUUUGGUCUCGCUCAUGUGAAUAAAACUCCAAGAACAGCGAAGAGGUAUAAACCAAGAAUCACGAGGCUUAUAACCAAAUAUGGGUUACCCAAGGACUUCUACAAUUCUUUUAAGGCAUAUGCAUCUUUUUUGACUGAAGCUGAACGUUAUGAAGCUGGACACAAAUUUCAUGAUUUUAUCGUAGACUGCAAAAAGAUAAAUAUGAUUUCAGGUUUUAAUGAUACAUGCCCAGAGAACAUGCACGUAUUAUAUACUGAUUUAACAUAUUUAAACUGUUAUACAAUACAGCUCCAAAAUGAUGCUGCUCUUAAACAUAUCACAACUGGAAUCUCUCUUACGCUUAACUUAAAUCAUUACAACUUGAAUGUCAGCCUUUUUGAUUUGAUCGAUGGAAUGCCUACUGAACGAGGUAUCGCAGUUUACAUUCAUGAACAUAAUACCAUGCCACCUUAUCAAAACCCAUUGAAAAUCUCACCCGGGCAUGCUGUUAAUCUAGAAAUCGAAAUAGAAGAUGCGAUAAAACUACCACCCCCAUAUGGCACCUGUAUGGAUGGAUCAGAUACAAAGUACACUGUUGCUGGGUCAGAACUGAAGAAUUAUUCGUAUACUAUGUUAUCUUGUGUUCAUGACUGUGUCCAGACUUUAAUUCUUGAACAUUGUAAAUGUGUGUCGCAAGAAUAUCCAUUGUUCAGAGGUCAACCAAUUUGCCUGAAUGCACAAAAUAGGGUACCGAGGAUUAUCAAUGAGACUGAUUGUUUAUUCGAAUUAUUGGGGAAGAAUUCUGAGUUUCAGUGUCUUUCUGAGUGUAAAGAACCAUGCAGAGGAACAUCAUAUAAAUAUACCACAAGUCAAUCAAUCUGGCCUAAUGAAGCCUCUCAAUUGGAUAUCUACAAGAAGUACAUUCAGAAAUCAAAAUACCAGCAUUUUUACGAAGAAUAUGAAGAUUUACUCACACGGGGGAAGUAUACAUUAUUCGAAAAAGGAAAGAAGCUUGAACAGCUAAACACACUAAAAAAUAAUAUGGUGAAGUUGGACAUUUCUCUAGCAUCAACUUCAAAGAUUAUUCGACAAGA